GCAGCACGUGUCUCUUUAUCGCACGGUAAGCAACACUGUUACCAAAUACUGUUCUGUACUACAAUCUGAUGAUAAAUAUUUUGAUUCUUGUUGCUUUCAUCAUAUGGUAGUUUAAUUAUUCAGAUCUUGUCAAAAUUAAUUUUUGGUUGAUUUUUGAGUCGUAAAACAUGGUCAAAACUGUGUUUUUCUCGGUUCUGAAUUCGCAUAAAAAUGUGGCGUUUCUGAUCGACUGUUGUGAUGGAAGCGUGAACAAAUUCCCCUUCAUCAGACGACAGCUAAAAGAAGAGGUUAUUCAGAGGGAGGAUGAUGGAUUGAACCUGUUUGCCCUGAACUUCGCCAAAUAUGGAAAUAGUAGUGUCGAGUGCUGGAGUCCCGAACCUAGAUUCGCCAGCGUCGGAAAUGUUGUACAGGCUGCCCAUUGGAUCAACGAUAGGGUAGGUUUGUCCAGCUUCGGCAGUCCCAAACUGAUCCCAGCCAUCACUCAGGUCGUCCAAUCAAAACCCGACACGUCACCAGUUGAUUGCAUCACAGUCAUCACUGAUCACAGACCGCAAGAGUGCUUCGGUGAUAUCCUUCUAGCUCUAGAGGUCAGAGGUCAAAUGAUACCCUUAAACGUCGUAUAUCUCCAUCAUAUUUCGAGCGAAGGCGACACUCUUGAAUUUUACCGAAACCUGUGCUUGAAAUCAGGAGGCGAUCUGAAAGCAGUGGAACUUUCCUGUGAAGGCGACUUGGUAAAUUGUGACGUAAUUGUUGAAAACUCCAGGGCAAACGUAGUUCAUAAGUUCACACCGUGUUUUCAAUCCUGCUUCAACUGCUUGAAAGAAACGCAGAAAAAUUGUAUGUCUACUAGUUCAUCCAGGAGCCCAAGCUAUCGUGCGAUAACCAUGCAGGAAAGACCAAAGCCAAUCCCAGUUCCGGCUAUGGAACCUUAUUCAGGUCUGACCAAAAAUGCGAUAGUCUUGGCACGCAGAAACGAGUCAGAUGGGUACUUCUAUCUAGCGAAAGUACUGGACUCAAGUUUGGCUCAUGAGAAGCUGGUUGAAUUCCUAGAAACUCCUAGACCGGAAGUGACGAAGUGUUCCAAUUAUGACUUGAUUAACAUCCGAGAGGCAAUGACAUACUCGAUGUUUCCUGGAUCGAGAGUGCUCGGCAAAAUCGACACCCAAAAGUUCUGUCCUGGGACUGUUUUGCAUGGAUCAUUGGACGCCUCUGCAGGCGAAGGUGCCAGAAAAACUCACGACAACCUUGUGAUCGAGUAUUGCAACGGUGAAAUCAUAGCGACGGCACCAAGCCGAUUGGUACGCAUACCCGAGUCGCAAUUCUAUUGGCUGCAAAAGUUUUUCAAUUCGACCAAUCAAUGUAGAGUUACCAGGGAGGAUCUUGAUAUCAAUGCGGCAACUGCACAGUUGGGAUCGCGAAGACCUGAAACGGGAGUUAAGGCGAAACUGGACAGGUUUUUCGGAGACGAAGAACCGACUACAUGGCAUCGACAUAUGUACUCGCAGUUGCCUCACUACGACUUUGACAGGAACAAGUACGAGAGUGACAAGCAGUUGAUUAAGUGGUACCAGGAGAGGUAUCGGAAGCCAGUGUUUCUGGACUCUGAUUCAGAACCCGAGGAAGACACUUUUGAGUUCACUCGGCAGCCGAAGAAGCUGCAGUUGAGGCAGACGUGGCACGACCACUACCUCAGUCUGAGGAGGGCGGACAGUGAGCGGGAGUGGUACAAGAAACUGCUCAAGAGGGAAAACGAAAUCAUGAGACGCCGACUUACGAGACGACCCAAAAGUGCCUUCGACGCUCCUCCGGCUCCAUGGCGCCAGUGGCUGAAACAAGGACAGGAGCCGCCUGCAGAAUACCAGAGGCCUCCAAGGACCAACUUCGGAACCAACACAGAUGACAGAAGUACUUCCAGACUAGGAAUGCACAUCAUGCCCUCAAACAAGCAUGACUCACUGUUUAAGACUCCGGGGGGCAGCCAUGGUAGAGACGUGAGCGUGAAAAGAUUGCUGAUUCAGACCGACCCUAAUAACCCUCCUGGGUCACGUGACCAUACUGAAGCUAUAUACUCAAAGAGAUGGUGACGUAGAGUCAUCGAAUAUCUAUUCAGUAAUUGUGUGUAUUAGAGAUACUCAUUCUGUCAUUCCGACUAAAAAAAUUGUGAUCUUGCGUUCAAAUUAAAUAAUAACUGUUUUCA